AUGUGUUUCUCAAUUUUAAGGGUUUCAGCGCGCAUAGACCAAGCAAUCAAGCUGACAGAACGGAACCAAGGAACAAAAGCAACCCACCCUUUCCACGGCGUCUACACUUCCCGGUGUCAAGUUGAACAAGACCAGGACAUGAACCCAAAGCUGGCAAAAUCUCCGUUUCGUCCAACCAAACCUCAAAUCCUCUUUAUACAUUUUGGGUCUGGUUCCGGGUUGUUUCAACGGAAACUUUCCUAG